CCUAGGGACCCACCAAAAGCUGGCCUGAAACUCAAUACUUAAACGCAGUGAGGGCGCUAGCUGCUGGGAGAGAUCACUGGGAAUUCAGAAGAGCCAUCGAAUAGUAAUGUUGACGACCUUAACCUUACUGGCAUGUCUGCUGCUAGCGGCAGUAACGGCUUGCACCGCUGCUCCUGAAGGCCCCGCCGGCUGCCCGGACAGCUGCGGCGGUAUUGCCAUUCAAUACCCCUUCGGCAUCGGCGCCGGCUGCUUCCGCAGGGGAUUCGAGAUCAUCUGCGAAGGUGGCACGCCAGAGCUUGCCGGCGCCACCAGGCCCACCGCUGUCCACCUUCUCUCCAUCAGGACGGCGGAGGCCCGCGUGAUGCUGCCUGUUGCGUGGGAGUGCUUCAACUCCUCCGGCGUGGAGGACGUCUGGAGCGACGGCGACGUGCAGUUCAACCGGGAAGGCGUGUACCGCAUCUCCAACACGCACAACCAACUCGUCGUUGUCGGCUGCAACAGCUUGGGCAUGACCAAUAGCCAGCGGAGCGAGGGCAACGACUACCCCUACGCCUACUAUACCGGCUGCAUGUCCUUCUGCAACGACUCCGGGAGUGCGGUGGACGGCGCCUGCGCAGGCGUUGGAUGCUGCCGCGUUGACAUCCCGCCUGGCCUCACCGACAACACCAUGAACUUCAAAGACUACAACCACAGCAGUAGGCUGGACUUCAGUCCCUGCGACUACGCCUUCUUUGUUGAUAGGGAAAACUACACAUUCCACACCGCAGACCUCAAAAUGGAUCGCAACCAGACGAUGCCGGUGUGGCUGGACUGGGCCAUCCGGGACAACCUGACGUGCGACCAGGCGAAGAAGAAGGGGCAGGGCUAUGCUUGCGUGAGUUCCAACAGUGAGUGCCACAACUCAUCCAAUGGGCCUGGAUACGUCUGCAACUGCAGCAUGGGCUACGAGGGUAAUCCCUAUGUCAUCAAUGGUUGUAUUGAUAUCGAUGAAUGCAAACGUCCGGAAUAUCCAUGCAGAGGCAUUUGCCACAACACGGCAGGUUUCUACGAAUGCAAAUGCCCCAGUGGUUCCCAUAGUGCUGAUCCGUUCGAAGUGCCCUGCAACUCCAAUUUUCCACUCCCAGCACAAAUCUCCAUAGGUGCAAUAGGUGGUCUUUUCAUCAUAGCUGUUCCAGUUUUCAUCGCGCUUGUUCACAAAGAAAAAAGAAAGAUGAAAGAAUUUUUUGAAAAGAAUGGGGGUCCUACCCUAGAGAAAGUUAGCAACAUUAAGCUAUUCAAAAAGGAGGAGCUGAUGCCGAUUUUAAAAAGUAGCAACCUUAUUGGACAAGGUGGCUUUGGUGAGGUUUACAAGGGGUGUCUUGGUGGUAAUAGUCAGCCAGUUGCAGUAAAGAAGCCCAAGAAUGCUGCAGUAAAGAAGCCCGAGAAUAAUGCCUUGGCACAAAAUAACCAAUUUGCAAAUGAGGUCGUUAUUCAAUCUCGAAUCAUUCACAAGAACAUUGUCAAACUAAUAGGUUGUUGCCUAGAAGUUGAUAUGCCAAUUUUGGUCUACGAGUUCGUGUCCAAAGGUAGCCUUGAUGACAUUCUGCACGGCAGCAACAGGGCGCCUCUCAGUUUGGAUCGACGUAUGGAUAUUGCGGCACAAUCAGCGGAUGGUCUAGCUUAUAUGCAUUCAAAAACCACUACAUCAAUUCUGCAUGGUGAUGUCAAACCAGCUAAUAUACUUUUGGAUGAGAACUUUGUACCAAAGAUCUCUGACUUUGGUAUAUCUAAAUUGAUUGCCAUAGAUAAACAGAACACUAAUUAUGUCAUUGGUGACUUGAGCUAUAUGGAUCCAGAAUAUCUUCGGUCUGGCCUAUUAACAAAUAAAAGUGACGUCUAUAGUUUUGGAGUUGUGCUCCUAGAACUCAUUACAAGGAAAAAGGCCUCAAAUUCGGACAACAAUGGCCUACUCAGGAAUUUUCUUGAUGCUUACACAAAGGAUAAGAGAGUAAUUGGCCAGGUUGAUGUGGAAAUUGCAGUAACAGAAAACAUCGAGCUUCUUGAUACUCUGGCUGGAAUGAUUGUGCAAUGCCUAAACCUUGAUGUUGAUCAAAGGCCCGAGAUGACAGAUAUAGCAGAGCACCUUCGAUACAUGGCGAAGACAUCCCAGGGUAAAUAAAAUGGUAAGUGAUUGGAUAGUGAGUUAAUGUAUGUUAUAGUUUGGAAUUGUACUUGCUGCAUAUGAAAGCAAAUAAUCUUGUAAGGUAGUUGACGUCAUGGCCAAAUCUCAUAAGAUAGAAGUAUGGAUGUUUCUAUGAUCCAAAGAAUUGUGUGUGACAAUCUUUUUGGUAUUGUAACUUGUGUAAUAUAUACAUAAAGUUUAUUGUUUGUUAAUAAGUGCAUCAA